GUUGUAUUCAAUGCGGUAAACAGUGAUUGAAACUAGUUUUGCAUUUGAAAUAGAUCUUGUAUUGUUUACAGUUGUAAAUGAAAACCGGCAGUGGUAUACGUGCGUAAAGAAACUGAUAUAAAUGGUUAUUUGUAUUGAUUUGUGAGAGAACUUGACGGAUCUUCAAGAAGAUGUACAUCCCAAUUUUGCUGUGCCUAAUAGGGGCAGUGGUGUGUGACCACCACAGUAGAACCAAUCAGCUUCCAGACCGCUCGACCAUAGUACAUCUAUUUGAGUGGAAGUAUAAAGAUAUAGCUGAUGAAUGUGAAAGGUUUCUGGCUCCGAAAGGAUUUGGAGGUGUUCAGAUAUCUCCACCAUCCGAGAACCUAAUCAUCCAUCUGGACAACGGCAAAAGAACAUGGUAUGAACGCUACCAAGUUAUGUCCUACAAGUUGACGACGCGAUCUGGCAACGUCGCAGAUUUUCUCAACAUGACGCGCAGAUGCAAUAAAGUUGGAGUCAGAAUUUACGCCGACGUAGUAGUAAACCACAUGACUGGUGACAACCCUAACAAUAUGGGCACAGCAGGCAGCACAGCGGACUUCAAGAAUUACUCCUACCCCGCUGUGCCGUACAGUAGGGAGCAUUUCCAUUACCCGUACUGUUCUGUUGAAAACUAUAACGAUGCUACUCAGGUGAGGUCUUGUAACCUAGUCGGCUUGAAGGAUCUGAACCAGGCACUUCCUUACGUUGUUGACAAAGUAUCAUCUUUUCUGAAUCAAUUAAUUUCUCUUGGUGUGGCGGGAUUCAGAGUCGACGCGGCCAAGCAUAUGUGGCCCAACGAUCUAAAGGAAAUAUACAAAAGACUGCACAACCUGAAUACCGAUUUCGGCUUCGAGCGUCAUUCGAAACCGUACAUUUUUCAAGAGGUUAUAUAUUAUGGCAAUGAAGCCAUCCAACCGAACGAGUACACAGGUUUGGGCGACGUCACAGAGUUUAGAGUAGGCUCAGAACUAAAGAAUUGUUUCCGAGGUCAAAACCCUUUGAAAUGGCUGGUAUCCUGGGGCCCACAGUGGGGCUUAUCGCCCAGUGACACAGCUCUAGUGUUUAUCGACAACCAUGACACACAACGGAGCAAUGAUGUGCUGACUUAUAAGGAGUCAAGGGCUUAUAAGGCAGCAACAGCGUUUAUGCUGGCACAUCCUUACGGGGAACCUCGGCUGAUGAGCAGCUACUUCUUUGACACCAGUGACCAGGGACCUCCUGAUGAUGCCAAUGAGAACAUUGUAUCUCCUAGCAUUAAUAGUGAUGAUACUUGCGGCAACGGCUGGGUAUGCGAGCACCGUUGGCGACAGAUCUAUCAGAUGGUAGCCUUCAGAAACGCCGUUAAAGAUACCCAGAUCCAACACUGGUGGGACAACGGGAACAACCAGAUCGCUUUCAGUCGAGGAAAUAAGGGAUUCAUCGCCUUUAAUGUGGAAGGAAAGGAUUUGAAUCAAACUUUACAGACUGGUCUGCCAGCCGGAGACUAUUGUGACGUCAUCACAGGAAAGAGACAGGGCACCGAAUGUUCUGGCAAGAAAGUGACAGUAGACAAUAAUGGAAACGCCCAAAUAUAUGUAGCGGCGAAUGAAGAGGACAUGCACUUGGCUAUACAUGUUGGGAAACAGUCUCGGUUGCUGUGACUGUAAUCCAUCCUGGUGUGAAUCAAAAUUAUUUAUCAGAAUGGUUUGUUAAUAAAAUAAAUUUAAACUUUAA